UAAGCAAGCUAGUGAAUGUAAUUAAUUUACCCAAAGCUUCUUUCAACAACUGCGAAGAAAGUUGUUACUCCUCCACCACUCUUUAUAUACUCUACAAGGGAAGAGACGGAUAACCAACCAGACAUUAUCGCAGAAAGAGAGAGACGGACAGAUCUAGGGGCGACUGUAAGCAAAGAACACAGAGGAUAUACAAUUGAAAAAAAAUGGCUAGGAAAAACAGCAUGGCAGCAGUUUUUGUAGUUUUGGCCGCAACCCUGUUGCAGAGCUCUUAUGCUACAAAUUACACGGUAGGAGACUCCACUGGUUGGCGAGUGCCAACCGGUAAUAUUAAUUUAUAUGAUGACUGGGCUGACAAUAAAAACUUCAUGGUUGGGGAUGUUCUUGUUUUCAACUUUGCUACCGGAAGUCAUGAUGUUGCCGAGGUGACAGAAACUGUUUAUGACCCUUGCAACACUACCAAUACCAUCUAUAAUGUGACUACCGGACCGGCAAGUAUCCCCCUUAACACGACUGGUGACCACUACUUCAUUUGCACUUUCGGUAGUCACUGUUCCGAAGGCCAAAAGCUCAAGGUCGAAGUCCAUAACGGCACCGGAACUUCAAGUCCUCCCAGCUCAGCUUCAUCCCUUGUUGCCACCCUCCCUCUUGUCUUCAUGUCCAUUGCCUUGGCUUUGUUGUGCUAAUUAUGUUAGACCCUUUUGCCUGUUUUUAUGUGAUAUUAUGUCAGUUCAGAGUUCAGACUUUGUAGUGUCCCAGAGAGAUAUCAUUCGUUUUAUUAUGAUAGUGAUCAUGGAGUGAUCUUUUGUGUUCGAAUAAAAACCUUGAUUCAUUUUCUUUAUAGAUCUAAUAAAUCAGCCUUGCUGUGAGUGAUCGGAAGAAAUGAUAAUGAUAAGACGGUUCUUUUUUCUUCUUUUA